AGCAGAAUCGUGGAAUCAGCAAAAUUGACUUAUAAAAGGCGAUCCUUCGCCCACCAGAAGGCACAUUCGAGCUUUGGAGUGCAAUCAAAGCAUCCGGGCAUCUGAGAACAACCGAACCAUGAUAGCGAAGUUACUUCUCCUCACGUUUGUGGGGUUGUGUACGGCGUACCAGUACUCGUACGAGUAUGAGUUCCCCUACUCGCGGCCGUUCAACAAGACGGGCUUCGAGUUCGGUGCCUGGGAACCGAACCGGGAGUACGUGUACAACGUGACGACGAAAACCAUGACCGCUCUGCCGGACCUCGAGGACUACUGGACCGGCAUUGUGACGCACGGCUACUUGGUGAUCCGUCCCAAGGAUCACAACUACGUCGUCGCCUACAUUGACCGUCCGAUGUACGCCGCGUUCAACGAGUAUCUGCCCCGCGGAUACCGCACUGAACUGGCGCGCUUCAACCUGAAAUGGCAGCCGAUGCCGUUCAGCUCGAAGCCCUUCGGAAUCUACUACAACAAGGGAGCCGUGAAGGGUUUCUACGUUGAGAAGACCGUCCCCAACCACGAGGUGAACAUGCUCAAGGGCUGGGUCAGCCAGCUGCAGCUGGACACCCAGGGAGCGUACGUGAUCAAGUCGGAGUUCAACCAGUUCCCGGAGAACAACACCCUCACCGGUGUGUACAAGACCAUGGAACCGUCGGUGACCGGCGAAUGUGAAACCCUGUACGACGUCAACCCGGUCCCGGAAUUCCACUUCCAGUCCCACAAGGAGUGGAUUCCUCAGCCCCAGUGGCUCGAGGAAGACCAGCACGUCUUCCAUGUCGUCAAGUCCCGCAACUUUGAUCGUUGCGAGCAGCGCAUGGGCUUCCACUUUGGCUUCAGCGGAUUCAGCGACUUCAAGCCGAACACCAACCAGAUGGGCAACAUCAUGUCCAAGUCGGAGGUGACGCAGAUGUAUCUGACCGGAAACUGGUACAACUACACCAUCCAGUCGGUGUCCACCGUGAACAAGGUUGUCGUCAGCCCGUCUCUGGUCAACAGCCAGAAGGCCAUGGUCUACGCUCAGGUCAACAUGACCCUCAACGAAAUCAAGCCCUUCGAGAAGUACCCGGAGGGUCCGGCUGACGAUCGCCAGGUGUUUGUCGACCUGGUGUACAGCUACAACAUGGCUCACGAUAAGAAAAACUUCGUUCGCCCGGCCAACGAGACCGAUGACUCCUCCUCGUCGUCGUCGUCGUCGUCGUCGUCCUCGGACUCUUCCAGCGAUUCAUCCAGCUCCUCGGACUCGAGCUCCAGCUCGGAGGAAGAGCACGAAAACUUCAAGAUCAGCCCUGCUGAGCAGUACAAGAAGCAGGCCAAGGAAGUCGAGCACCGUGGAAACCGCAACCGUCGUGAUCUGAAUGCCUUCAAGGAAAAGCAGUACUACGAAGCGUACCAGCGUGAUCAGCACCGUCUGCGCAAGCAAAACAACACCUCGUCCGAUUCGUCCAGCUCCGACGAUUCCAGCAGCUCCUCGUCCAGCUCGUCGUCCGAUGAGUCUGAUGAGCAGGAUUUCUACAGCUCUUCCGAGUCCGACUCUAACUCUCUGAGCAGCGAGGAAGACUUCUACCAGCCGAUUCCGGAGAGCAUGAAGGAAGCCCCCCAGACCCCCUUCCUUCCCUACUUCACCGGAUACAAGGGAUACAGCGUCCAGUACGCUCGCAACGUCGAUGCCUCCCGCUACGCUUACAAGCUGGCGUACGAGAUCGCUGAGGAGCUGCAGGAAAUGUCCCAGGUCCCCAAGUCGAACACGCUGAACAAGUUCACCAUUUUGGCCCGUGUUCUGCGCACCAUGCACUACCAGGACAUCUACGACGUCUGCCAGAAGCUGUUCGUCUCGCAAAAGGAACGCGAGGAAGGCAGCAACCACAGCGAGUCGUUCGCUAAGAAGGUUGACGCCUGGAACACGUUCCGCGAUGCUUUGGCCCAGGCCGGUACCCCGCCCGCCUUCAAGGUGAUCAAGGAAUUGAUCGAAGAGAAGAAACUGCGCGGUGAUGAGGCCGCCAGCGUCAUCGCUACUCUGCCCAAGACCAUCCGCUACCCGACCGAGACCGUUAUGCACGAGUACUUCCUGCUGGUGACGUCCAACGCCGUCCAGCACCAGGAGUAUCUGAACACGACGGCCAUGAUUUCCUUCUGCGACUUCCUGAACCGCGCCCAGGUCAACAACCGCUCUGCCUACAACUACUACCCCGUGCACAGCUUCGGCCGUUUGGCUGACGCCGACUACAAGAUCGUUGCUCACAAGGUCGUGCCGUGGUUCGCGCACCAGUUGCGUGAGGCCGUCAAGGCUGGUGACAGCGUGAAGGUGCAGGUGUACAUCCGCUGUCUGGGACAUUUGGGCCACCCUGAAAUCCUGAACGUGUUCGAGCCGUACCUGGAGGGCAAGAUCCCAGUGACCCACUUCCAGCGUCUGGCUUUCAUCGUCGCCCUGGACCGUCUGGUCGAGAACUACCCCCGUCUGGCCCGUUCGGUGCUGUUCAAGGUGUACCAGAACACCGGAGAUGCCCACGAGGUGCGUUGUGCCGCAGUGUACCUGCUGAUCCGCACGAAGCCCCCGGUAUACAUGCUGCAGCGCAUGGCUGAGCAGACCCACUACGACCCGAGCACAUACGUGCGCGCCGCCGUCAAGACCGCCCUGGAGAGCGCUUCCGAAGCCGAUGAGUUCGAUGACGACUACGAGUUCGCUCAGAACGCCCAGGCCGCCAUCAAGCACCUGAACCCGCGUGAUUUCAGCCUGCAGUACUCGGGCACCUACCUGCGUGACUUUGCCUUCAAGGAACUGGAGCUCUCGUACCGCAUGUACUUCUCCCAGAUCGCUGCCGAUGACCACUACAUCCCGAGCGGAUUCUUCUUCCAUCUGCGCAAGAACAUGGGUGGCCUGAAGCGUUUCUCGACCUUCUACUACCUGGUCUCGAGCAUGGAGACGUUCUUCGAUCUGCUCGACAAGCAGUACGACAGCUACAACAAGCACCAGGAGUACAAGUCUAGCGACUACUACUACAAGUACUACAAACAGUACCCGUCCCUGUUCAAGGAUUACUUCAGCCAGUACAGCAAGAACCACAAGUACCAGAACGACUACUACGAGCAGUUCGGAAACAAGAACCAGGAGGAGUUCCAGAAGUGGUCCACCACCCGCAUUGCCAAGCUGCUGAACAUCGACCCCGAGGAGGCUGAGGAGCUGGAGGGUCAGUUCAUGUUCCAGAUCUUCAACGGAGAGCGCUUCUUUGCCUUCAACAACCAGACCAUCGAGCAGUUCCCGAGCCUUGUGAAGAAGUACUUCCAAGACUUCGAGGACGGUUUUGCGUACAACGUGACCAAGUUCUACCAGCAGAACGUUGUCACCAUGGCCUUCCCCUUGGCCACCGGUCUGCCGUUCACCUACAGCCUGAAGACCCCGACUCUGAUGAAAUUCGAGUUCGAGGCCUCCGCCACCACCCACCCGAGCAUCUUCAAGACCCCGACCGGAUAUCCCGAGAAGGAGUACGACGAUUUCGUCCAUAUGCCGCGUUGGUUCAACGGAUCUGCCGAUGUGAACAUGGCCUACUCUCGCUUGGUUGAUGCCAAGGUUGGCUUCAUCACGCCCUUCGACCACCAGCGCUACGUCGCCGGAUACCAGAAGAAGUUCCAGGGAUACCUGCCGUUCAGCUUCGACUUUGGCUUCGACUUUGAGAACAACGACUUUGAAGUGAAUGUGCAGCCGCUCGAGCCCAAGAAGGACGCCCUUCUCUUCCACAUGAGCUCGUGGCCGUACACCGGAUACAAGGACAUCACCGAUCUGCGCCCGAUGGCCGAGCAGCCGAGCGUGCACAUCCUGCACGAUCGCGCCCAGACCACCAAGUCGUUCGAGACCUCGUUCGGCCAUGAGCUGACCGGUGUCGCUUUCCGAUUCCAGGCCAAAUACGACAAGGACUUCAUCGACUACGCCUACCUGAUGAAGCACAUCGAACAGCACGACUACUGGUCGGCGCUGGUCUAUCCGUUCGCUUCGGAGACCUACCACUACCAUCAGCUGAACCUGCACUACGAUGCUCAGCGCACCAGCGUGAAGAACGUCAAGUUUGUGCUGCAGCACAAGCAGGCCGACUACGACCAGGACUUCCAGACCGCCGAUGUGAAACACCCGAAGGGUCGCCACGGAUACUCUGGAUACUACAACGAGUUCAACUACGCCCAGCCCUUCGUGUACUACGCCGGAAGCCAGCGCCGCCAGGAGCAGUUCAUGCGCAACGCCGGUGCCGGUAUUCGCAACAGCGACGUCAAUGUCUUCGACUUCGGUAUCGUGUUCGAGGGCAAGCAGCAGAAGGCCGAGUUCGUGUUCACCACCGCCUAUGCCGACAGCCCGGUCGACGAGAAGGAGCGUCUGUUGAUGUUCCUGUCCUUCAGCCCGUACGUCUCUUCGAGCGCCUUCUACCAGUUCAUUCCGUUCUCUGGCAAGCAGUUCCAGAUGUGCUUCUCGGCCACCAACCAGUACCCGAACAUGCCCAAGCUCAACUUCCUGAACGUUCUCAACUUCGACAAGAUCGGAAGCAUGAACUGGGAGCUCGCAUACGGCGAGAAGUGCCAGGGAGGAUCGCAUAUCUCGAUGAAGGGUAAGCUGAUUCAGUCUGAGCCCUACCGCCACUUCCUGCGCAUCUCCGAGGCUGGCCAGCGCUGCAAGCAGCAGAUGGACAAGGGCUACUUCCAGCUGCCCGCAUGCCAAAACGCCACCCGCCAGGCUGGCUACUUCGACCAGUACUCGUUCAACUUUGAGUACAAGGAUGUGUCCAACUAUGCCAAGAACCUGACCUACCAGUUCUUCGACUACGCCCGUUACUUCAGCUUCCCGUACUGGAGCGAGGACUACUUCUUCCAGGGCAAGCACAACCAGUUCCAGAUUGACUUCCAGCUGGCCCCGUACUUCGACUACUACAACGCUUCCUUCUACGGAACCGACCGUAGCUUCGCUAUCCAGAACUACCCGAUCGAAAGCGAGUACGCCCGUUACUUCUUCUCCAUCCACCCCGACUUUGAUUACUACGAGCGCAUGUUCAACUACGCUUACCGCGGAAACUACCACCCGUCUUGCGUUGUGUCGAACAAAUUCGUCAACACCUUCGAUGGAAAGACCUACGACUACGAGCUUGGCAACUGCUGGCACGUGGUGCUGCACACCGUCAAGCCCGACUACUACUUCUACGCUCAGGACUCGCACUUCAUGAACUCGGACUACGAAUACAACUGGAAGAACGGUUUCGGCGAGGACGAGCAGAUCACCAUUCUGGCGCGUCACGGCGACAACAACCAGCUCUUCCUGAAGGCUGUCCUCGGCCAGUACAAGCAGAACGACUACAACAUCGACAUCAUCCCGCAGGGACAUGAGCUCCCGACGGUUUACAUCAACGGCAAGCCCCAGCAGAUUCACGAAAAGUACGCCGUCGAAAUGUACACCAACGACGAUGGUGGCGAUCAGCCGCUGAUCCGCGUGUACGCCCUCCCUGGCAACGAGCUGGAGAUCAGCUUCCGCGACGACGACAUCAAGAUCGUGUUCGACGGAUACCGUGCCCGCUUCUUCGCCGACCAGUCGUACUUCAACAACUUCGUCGGUCUUUGCGGUACCAACAACGGCGAGGGAGAGGAUGACUUCAUCACUCCCGACCAGUGCGUCAUGCGCAAGCCCGAAUACUUUGCCGCCUCGUACGCUCUCGCUGGCAUGAACUGCAGCGGCCCGGCCCAGGCCUACUUCACCGAGUACCACCAGAAGGCCCAGGAGCACUGUGUGAAGCCCCAGUACUACUUCGGCAACGUCAUCAGCGAGCAGGAAGCUGGCCGUCAGCGUUACAACUACUACUACAAGGACUUUGACCUAUCGGACUCGUCCUCGUCGGAGUCGUCCUCGUCGUCGUCUUCGUCGGAGUCGGACGAAUCUAACGAUUCUAACUCGUCGUCCUCGGAGGAACAGAAGCCGAACCGCGAACACUUCUUCGAGAAGCAACAGUACACCGAGAAGGAAUGCCCCGUCAAACAUCAGGCCCAGUACGUCGAGCAGGGCGAUAAGAUCUGUUUCACCAGCCGUCCGCUCCCGACCUGCGCCUCUCAGUGCAAGGCUGUCGAGAAGGUCCCCAAGUACGUCGAUGUCCACUGCCGUGACGUUACCGAUUCCGUCGCCCAGCUGUACAAGCAGCAGAUCCGCAAGGGAGUCAACCCGGACAUGAGCAACAAGUCGGUCACCAAGACCGUCAAGUUCUUCCUGCCCAAGAAGUGCGUGCACGUCUACUAGAAAGCCAAACCCAAAUCGAAAAACCAAACAAAAUGAACCAUUUGUAAAAACAUGCAUUCAGAAAAUGUACAAAAAAAUGGAGGAGUAUUUAUAAUAAAAGGAAUUUUUGCAAUUCAUGUAA